ACGAAUUUGGAUCCGAUUCUUCGUUCUCGCUUGAUCACUACCAAUUCACCUUCCGCCUCUCAAUUACCUUCUCCCAAUCCUUCUCGUCUUCCCAAACAUCUGAACCACUUGCAGGGGACAAAAAAAAAAAAGAAAGAAGAAAAGGAAGGAAAAAAAAAAUCCAGCAUCCUUCUUUAAUUCAAAAAGGAUCGAAUUGGGGAUUGAUUGACUAACAUGGAUAGGCUAAAGUCUUCUGCACGUCUCAUGAUUGUCUCAGAUCUUGAUCACACAAUGGUUGAUCACCAUGAUGCUGAGAACCUUUCCCUCCUCCGCUUUAAUGCUCUUUGGGAAGCGUAUUACCGUCAUGAUUCUUUGCUGGUUUUUUCAACUGGAAGGUCACCUACGCUUUACAAACAAUUGAGGAAGGAAAAACCCAUGAUAACUCCCGACAUAACCAUAAUGUCUGUGGGAACUGAGAUAACUUAUGAUAAAUCAAUGGUGCCAGAUGACGGAUGGGAAGAAUUUUUGAAUCAGAAAUGGGACAGGAACAUUGUCAUUGAGGAAGCAAGCAAAUUUUCUGAACUUAGUCGUCAGGCAGAAUCAGAGCAGCGACCCCACAAAGUAAGCUUUUAUAUCAAGAAAGAUAAGGCUCAAAAUGUGAUAGAAGCUCUUUCUGAGACAUUGCGAAAGCGUGGGUUGGAUGUUAAAAUAAUAUAUAGUGGAGGAAUUGAUUUGGACAUAUUACCACAAAGCGCUGGCAAAGGUCAAGCUCUUGCAUAUCUGCUAAAAAAAUUUGAAACUGAGGGAAAGCGUCCCAUCAAUACACUUGUUUGUGGUGACUCUGGAAAUGAUGCGGAGUUAUUCAGCAUUCCAGGAGUCUAUGGUGUCAUGGUGAGCAAUGCCCAAGAAGAGUUAUUGCAGUGGCAUGCCAAAAAUGUGAAAGACAACCCCAAGAUUAUCCAUGCCACAGAGCGAUGUGCAUCUGGGAUUAUACAAGCCAUUGGUCACUUCAAGUUAGGCACAAACCUGACUCCAAGAGAUGUUCCAGACGUUUCAAAAGUUGUUGAAAAUACAUCUCCGGGGCAUGAAAUUGUAAAAAUUAACUUAUUAAGUGAAAAGUGGAGGCGUGCUGAAGUUGAGAAGUCUGAGCAAUUCCUUGCAGAUCUAGAAGCAGUUUAUGAUCCAUCUGGCACUUUUAUUCAUCCCUCUGGUUCUGAGCAUCGUAUUGGGGAGCUUGUAAAAUUUCUCAGAGCAUCCUAUGGGGACAAGCGGGGAAAAAAAUAUAGGAUUUGGGUGGACAGUGUAUUGGCUACUCAGCUUAGUUCAGAUGCUUGGCUGGUGAAGUUUCAUACGUGGGAGUCAUGUGGUGAGACGCGGCAAGGAUGUGUGCACACUGUCAUACUAAGGAAAAAGGAUUCGGGCCAGUUCACGUGGGUGCAUGUGCACCAGACACGGUUGGAACAGCCAGGGAAAGACGCUUAAUCGCUUUAGCAGGUUCCUGAGGCAUGAUUCUAAGUUCCAGAGUAUCUUGUGAUAACUUUUGCAAUAAAUGUGUUUCGACAUGCUAAUUUCUGAAUAUUAACUGUAUCAAGACCCAUCAUGUGAAGAUGCCUCCCGUUAUAUGUAAUUAUACUACGACGCUCCGGAUUUCGGCGCUCAUUAAAGAUAUGAUGAUUUUCAUAACCUUAUCCAAUUUUAUUACAGAUCACUUCAGUUCAGUGUGAUGUUCAGUUUGGGAGCAAUCCAAUCUCUGUUGUCACCUUUUUCCGCGAGGGAGGAGAAUUGUGUUUUGCUGAAUUCAUUGAAUGUACUAAGACCCUGUUGGGAGUAUUGGAACAGGGAAGGAAAUGUAUAUGCGAAAAAAACAAGAAAGGGAAUGAAAAGCUGGACUUUAAAAUGCGUUUGAUCUGUCAAAAAGAAUAAAUGCAUCUCUUAUGUG